CUGAAGCACACGAACCUCUUUCAGUCCGUGCACGCGCAACUUAUUUCGUAACAUUGUCGCCUGUGUUUCUAUGUAACUUAGGAAGUGUUGCCAAAAUUUAUGCGUUUUUAAAGUUUGAAAAAUAAAUUCCUUUUACUUGAUGCAGAUAGUCACGAUUUUAAAAUAAUUUGUGACUUUUCUUACUUUUAUCCAAGAAGUUAGAACAGUGCAUACAAUGUUGGAAUAGCAGCUCUAACAAGCUGAGCAUCUGAAGUUGUUAACCGUCCCGAGUGGCUGACCGGCGCAUAAUUCUGUAGCCGCACUUACUAACUCCACGCGAACGGGCACUUCGAAAGUGUUCGUGCCAACAGUUCGGUCGAACCACCCACACAUUAAUUCCUUCCGCAUGGAUAAGUGCCGACGAUAGACACCCAAAUAUUAGGAUAUGGACACGCACUCGCUAGGCCGCAAUCGUCAAACACCUGCGGCCAGAAAUCACAUCGUCUACACCGAUCAUAAAGGACGAAAGAUUCCUUAUGCCGACAAGAUCACUCCGGAGCCAAUCCUCAACAACAAUGCGGCUCGGGACACAAAGGCGGACUCGAUCAGGAACAGUUAUAAUAGCCAAUUCAAAGUUGGCAUUUACGGCUGGCGGAAGAAAUGCCUUUACAUUCUUGUCAUGGCACUCAUGUUUAUGAUGAUUAUAAAUCUCGCAUUGACGCUUUGGGUUUUGAAAGUUUUAGAUUUUAAUUCAGAAGGAAUGGGUCAGCUCCGAAUAGUGCCAGGUGGUCUCCAGUUACUCGGACAAGCUCUAGUGCUAGAUUCGUUGUUUGCGUCAAGCGUGAAGUCACGACGCGGCCAUCCGAUUUCCAUCGAAUCUUCGAGAAAUUUUACAGUUUCUACCCGUGAUGCUCAUGGCAUUGUUCAAAGUAGACUGUUUUUAAGUCACGAUCGCUUAGAAGUAAAUGUAGGGCGGUUAGAAGUACGUGACGCUCGCGGGGCCUUGCUCCUCGGCGCGGGCCACGACGCGGUGACGGUGGGCGCAGACAACUUGCUCGUGGCCAGCCCCGCCGGCGCCUCCUUCAACACCGCCGUACAAACUCCGCUCGUUAAGGCACCACCGUCUAAGCAAUUGAUGCUAGAGUCCCCCACGCGUUCACUAGAGAUGCACGCAGCUCAGAACAUUGCGCUGGAGUCGCGCGCCGGCGACAUUAGUGCUAGCUGCCUCACCACGUUCCGCCUGCGGUCUGUUGCUGGAUCGAUAAGACUAGACGCGCCAAGUAUAUAUAUGCCAAAGCUAAAAUCAGCGUUACCACUGCCACCGUCAGCGUCACACUCACACGACCCACACCAUCAGAAUAUCUACCAACUGUGCGCGUGUGCGAACGGGAAACUCUUCCUUGCUCCACCUCAUGGGGUUUGCGCUGCGAGGGAAGAGAGUCUUAUAUGCCGAUGAUGCUUUGAUUUUGUGAUUGAUGUAAGAAGACUUCGAGAAACAAGAAUCAUAUUAUUUUGGGUGCAUGAAUCAAUGUGCCUAUUUGUACAUUAUUAUUGUGUAUUGUUAUAUGUUUUAAUUAUAAUCAGCAAUUGGUUAUUUUUAAUAAAAAAUCAAAACAUGAAUGAGUAAAAGUAAUAAAAUGUUUUGGUUCAAAGGUUACUUAUUAUCAUCAACUGCUUUGAAUAUAAAUAAAUCACCAUGAGACAUGACAUGAAUUCUUCUCUGGCGACUUUAAAAAAUGUCUGAUGUGUUAUAGUUGCGUUAUUUUUAACAAAGAACAAGGUAAAUUUAGGGGCUAUUCAAAUCUAGAGCUAAGAGUUUGGGCCAAACUAUUACGCUUACAAGUUGUAAUAAACAAAUAUUCUAUAAAAAUAUCUUCUUACAUCAAAUUAUUAGCAAAUAUGUGGAUAGACAGUGUAUAAAAAUAUUAAAUAUAUAAUGUAUAGACAGCUUUAGGUGUGAGAUGGUUUACGUAAGUAGAAGGCUUUUUUGAAUGUAUGAUAGCGAAGACAUUCCGAAUUUUAUUUAAAAUCAUCCCCCAAGCACAUCAAGCUUUACAACAUUAUUGAAAUUUAAAAUCUUCUUCUACUUUAAAGAGAAUAAAAUUUAAUUUAAUUUUAACUAAUUACUAAAUCAUUUAAGAUGCGGUGAGCGAAACGUGACUCUGAGUUCGAUUGUUUAAAGCCUGUAGUUUCAGUUUACGAUUCACGAUUGCUCACUGUUGCAGGUUUGCGAUUAGCAAAGGCAGUUAACCCAUCACAGAGAAUACAAAACGCAUUCCCGACCGUCUAAGUGAUUUAGUACUGUAAACUUUGAAUAAAAUCAUUAUACAACGACAACAAACGUAUCAGAAUAGGUACAUAUAAUUAAUAACUAGUGCCUUUGGAGUCGCAAUUAAGAAUACAUUGGCUGAAUUAUCGCAAUUUCUUCGGUAUGUUAAGGAAUGUAUACAAUUAUACAUACAUGGUGUUGUGAUAGAAUCUAGAAGUAGAUUGUGUUCAAAUCUGUAUAUUAGAUUAUUUAUCUAAGCAAAGCACUUGUGUUUCAAACCCUAUGCAAGUUUCAGUUUGAAGCUCAAAUGUUAAUGGGUCGUAAAGAUUAUUGUAAUAUAUGAUUCAUAUUAUAAAUUAAAAAACCAAAUAUAGUUUAUGAAGUUUAUGUUUCUUAGUACUAGAAGAAAACAAAUUAUCGAGUUUGUUGCUUGCUUCAAAAGCUUAUUAGUUGCCAGUAGCCAGAAUCUUUUUCUAUGUAGAUAUUUGUAAAAUUGUUGUAAAAGAGAAGAUUGUUGAUUAUUAAUAUAAUUGUACAUAUCUAUAUGAUAGAAAUAUA